UUAAAUUUCAACAACUAUACAGGAUUCAAGUCUGCGCGUAUCGCAUCUCUAUAAAAUUACGCGCUAUCUAAGCAGCGUCAGAGGUCUUCUGUCUAGGCAUCCUAUUUGUGAGCUCAGGUUCCAGAAGACGAGAAAGCAUUCUCUUGAACAAGUGUGUAGGUCAGGUGUUGCAGUGUAGUGUGAGACAUGGAGAAGAGUGCUAGCGAUAGAAAACUCAGUCUUGAGGAGAGGAAGAAGAAGCAACAGCAGCAGAAUUUUGAACCUACGGAAGUAGAGGAAAAUCCUACAGAUGGUGACAACAGAAAAGACAGCGACGAGGGUGCGACGGAAGUCGCCGAUGAGAAAGAUCCUCGGCAUGGCGUGCCCUUCCCUCCCUCUCACAAGAUGACCUGCGCUGAGGUGUUUGAUCCCAAGACUGGUAAACCAAAAUUCGACUGGCUCAAGAACCACUUCAUCUUGGAAGGCCGCAUCGAAGAGUCGGCAGCUCUGCGUAUUAUCAACGAGGGCGCCGCAUUGCUGCGUCAGGAGAAGACUAUGAUCGACAUAGAGGCUCCUGUAACAGUAUGUGGUGACAUCCACGGCCAGUUCUAUGACCUGAUGAAAUUGUUCGAGGUCGGAGGACCGCCCAGCUCCACCAAAUACCUCUUCUUAGGCGAUUAUGUUGACCGAGGCUACUUUAGUAUAGAGUGUGUGCUAUGUCUGUGGGCGUUGAAAAUAUGCUAUCCAACAACCCUGUAUCUUUUGAGAGGGAACCACGAAUGUCGGCAUCUUACAGAAUACUUCACAUUUAAACAAGAGUGUAAAAUAAAGCAUUUUUUAAUUCUAUGUGAUGAUAUUACAUUGGACCGAUUCAAGGAGCCCCCAGCGUUCGGGCCGAUGUGCGACCUGCUGUGGUCGGACCCGCUCGAGGAGUUCGGUAACGAGAAGAACGCCGAGCAUUUCAGCCACAAUUCUGUACGCGGAUGCUCGUAUUUCUACAGUUAUGCGGCGUGCUGUGACUUCCUUCAACACAACAACCUCCUGUCCAUCAUACGGGCGCAUGAAGCGCAGGAUGCUGGCUAUCGAAUGUACCGCAAGAGUCAAACGACUGGCUUCCCUUCCCUCAUCACCAUAUUCUCGGCACCGAAUUACUUGGACGUCUACAAUAACAAGGCUGCCGUGUUGAAGUACGAGAACAACGUGAUGAACAUUCGACAGUUCAACUGCUCUCCACACCCGUACUGGCUACCUAACUUCAUGGAUGUCUUCACAUGGAGUCUGCCUUUCGUCGGCGAUAAAGUGACGGAGAUGCUGGUGAACGUGCUGAGUAUUUGCUCAGACGACGAGCUCACAAACGAAGGCGAUCUCUCACCUGAGGAUGUUGUUAUUCAACAAGUCAUUGUGACACCUG